AUGACCGAGAGCGGCCACGCACGUCCGCAUGAAGAGGUGCACGCGGCACCGCAUGCGAAGCAUCGAUUUUCGUCGCUGAACAUCAACCAGCGAUUCCUGCAGCAGGUGAAUACGGUGACGGCGCCGAAGGCGGCGCCCACGCCCGCAUCGACGGCGACGUCGACAGCGACGUCUGCAUCGCCGGACCAUGCACGCGCGGCAUGUCCACGGCUUGUCACGGCGAUGCCAGGCCGAGCUUCCGCAUCGACUCCUGCUACUGAGGCAGGGCGAUCGAAAGAGCCUGGUGCUCGUGACGCGACGACCACGACGUCUUCCUCCGCCACACCCGCCUCUACGGCGCCUCGCAUGCCAUGGAAUGCCAGGCACCGUACGGCACCCAAGCCUGUAGUGUCAUCGCACGACUUCCCCACAGCCAAAGAAGCCAUGGAGGCGGAGCGCAAGGCUGAGGAGCGCGCGGCCGAGGAGCAUGCUCGGCACCAGGCCGCGAAGGAAGAGCUGGAGCGGUUUCGAGGCACCGAGAUCCACUCGCAUGACCACUGGGACGAGAUUGAUGAAGAAAGCGAGGACGAGCUUGACGAUGUCGUUGAGUUUGGCGAUGGCACGCAGUACAAGAUCUCGGAGGUCGAGGAGGAGCAGUCGAAACGUGCACCGCCGCCGCCUCGUGUGCCAGCCUGGGGCCCGCUACACCGUCCUGCUGCACUGCUGCGACGGUCUGAGCCGCCUGUGUCGAUGCCAGCUGCGCCAGCACCCGCAUCGUCGCAAGCACCGCCGCCCGCCCCCGUUUCGUCGUGGGGUCCUCUGGCGCAGCGGCACUCCGCCCUGACCGGCAAGCCGCCGCCCAAGAUCGAGCCCCCCGCUCCGAAGGUGGAUGCCGCUGAGAUCGAAGCAGAACAGCAGACCGAGAUGUUAUCGGCGGCUGAACGUGCACGUCGUCGUCGCGAAGAUGACGAGCGCCAGCGUGAGGCGGAGCGUGAGCGUGCUCGGCAAAAGGCGGCACGUCUUGAGGAGAUGAUGCACAAGAAAGAAGAGGACACGGAGCCUGCGACGUGGCGACGCACGACGCCGCUGCCCAAGAGCCUUUGCACGCCCAAGCGAGUCGAGGUACGGGAGCGCGCCGAGCCUAGGAAACCGGCGCCGAAGGAAGCGCCUCCGACGAAACCAGCGACGCACGAGGCUGACCCUCCGACGCCGCCUGACGCGUGCGUCGUGCGUACGGAGACGACGCGAUUCGAGCAGCUGCAUGAUGAAGUACCGCCCGUCUGGCACAAGUACGCAGUCCACCUGCCUCGGCGGCGUCACCGGCGCCAUGGGCCAUCGCGUGCGGCGCAGCAGGGUCAGGUGCCGUGUGGUGCGUACGAGCCAGCACCGAGUCUGCACACGCUGUUCACCGCGCACCCGGCGCGCGUCCGCCUGCCCAAGGGCCGGAUCGCCCGCUCCGCUACGCCGGUACCUGCCUCGGCCUUUGCGCGUGUGGAACGCGUAGACGAAGCAGCAUUUCUGCGUCGCUACGACGAGCUCGCUCAUCCUGUGGAUGCGCUGUUCGACGAUGAGCCGCCACGUGUGCGUCUGCCAUCGCGGCGCGCCUCGCCGACGAUGCCGACGAUGCCUCUGGCGCCGCUGCUGAGCCACAACCUCGACGCCGCGGCGUGGGGCUCGUCGCUCACGCUCCCACCGCUGUCUGUGCCGAAGCAGUCAUGGCACGCCUCACUGAAGCAGGUAUGGACCCAGAACGACACCACUACCCCCAGCGCACGUAAUUCACUGCGCGAGAUACCCGACGAUGCCGAGACCAGUGGGCUGAGCGCAUGGAUGGCGCCCAACGGCAGCACACUAUUCCCGAGUGACUAUUCCGAAUUUGUGCUAUCGGAUGCAUGGUAA